GUUGUUACAGCCAUCCGAGAAUUCCUACAGGCAGUCGACACUUACAAGAAAAGCUCGCACUUGACUCGGGAGGACAAGGACAAGCUGAAACUUUUGCAGCUGCAGAUUUGUGCAACGGAGGACUUGCGGUGUUUGUUCGUGCUUUUGCUGCGAUGUUACAAUCCGAGCGUGCAGAGCCGGCAGUAUUUGCAGGAUUUGAUUGUAACCAACCACAUUUUGCUCCUGCUUUUGGAUGGUGUGCAGGGAAUUGCGGCUGCGAGUAAUGGAGAUAUGUUGGUUCACAUCAAACAGUUUGCGACCGUUGAGAUUAUGCAUCAGUAUGGACUAUUGCUGGAGGACUUUCGUGAUAAUGGGGCAUUUGUGAAUGAUUGCAUCUUCACAAUGAUGCACCAUGUUGGUGGAGAUUUAGGACAGAUUAAUGUACUUUUUCAACCGAACAUUUUGAAGACAUAUUCGCAAAUAUGGGAAACGGAGUAUGAAAUUUGUGAUGAUUGGUCCGAUCUCAUCGAGUAUGUAAUCCAUAAGUUUAUCAACACUCCACAACCAAGCCCACUGGCAAGCACGUUACCUGAGAUAAGUACACAACUUUUGUCUGGCAUCAAUCCAUGGACUCAGGAAGAAAAGGACUCACUGCAGUGGUAUUACGUACAGUGCAAGCAAAGCUCAUGCUUAGUGGCAGAUAUAUUGAACCUAUUCCAAGAGAGCGGAAAUCAACAAAAGACGCGUGUUUCUAUUAUCGAACAACUUUGGGAGCAGGAUAUUAUUUCUUUGACGCAGUAUGACGACCUGAUGAAGGUGGAAAAUCCCGGCUACGAACGUAAUGUACAAACUCCUGCAUUUUCUGUGGCGUCCUGUAAUUCCGGGAAACGUGAUGAUGAAAAUAAAACCCCUUCCACAGCAGUUGAUGAUAUACAGGUUCUACGUGACCGCUUGCUGAAGGAAAACAAAAGCAACAUGAUUGUUUGGCUUCAAAAAAGUUUACUUAACUGUUGCUUCGUCAAACUUAAUGCACUCAGUGGUAACCUUUACAUUACAACCAGCCUGGACGAGCAGGACAGUGUCGUCGUUAUGGAGUCGGUUUCAUAUCACUGCAUCACAAAAAAGCAGUCUAUACCAGUGGUCCCCUGGAAUCAGGAGCAAUUUUCCAUUUUAUCCUACCAACCGUUUGUGCUGUUGCUGCAUAAACUCGGAUUCCACCUGCCAGCAGACGCAAAGAAGAUGUUUGUUCGCAUUCCUGAGUUUUGGACUGCAGAUAUUUUGUACAGCAUCGCUCUCAAGUUGGGCCCUGUGGAGCAGUCCAUCAUCAAGUUUGAUCUAAAUUGCCUCCAGAAGGUAUUGUCAAUGGAGAAAGAGGUGAAAGUGGAUCCUGGAUCGGAUAACAGUUUGGAUAGCUACACUUUUCUAGCAAGGUCAAACAAGCAAAUUCCUGUCAACAGCUUUACUUCUGAUUCUAAUACCGGCUGGUUGCAUGUAGUCAUGAGGAACAAAAAUGUCGAUACGUAAGUAUUAAACAUGUAAUUUUUAGCAAUGUAAACUCC